AUGCUGCUGCGGCCCCGGCGCCCACCUCCGCCGGCGCUCCCCGAGCCGCUGGCGCCGGCCAGUCCGGAUCCAGAGCCACGGCUGGCGGGGGACGCCCCGGGGACGACGCCCGGACGGCCCGCCUCGCCGGGCGCGCCGGCGGCGCCCGCGUCCCCUGGCUCGCCCGUGUCCCCGGGCUCGGCGCAGCGCACGCCCUGGAGCGCGCACGAGACGGAGCUUCUGCUGGGCACGCUGUUGCAGCCGGCCGUGUGGCGCGCGCUGCUACUGGACCGCCGCCGGGCGCUGCCCAUCUACCGGCGCGUGUCGGCCGCGCUGGCUCGCCAGCAAGUGCGGCGCACGCCCGCGCAGUGCCGCCGCCGCUACAAGUUCCUCAAGGACAAGCUCCGCGACGCGCACGACCAGCCGCCGGGGCCCUUCGACGCGCAGAUCCGCGAGCUCAUGGGACUGCUCGGCGACACCGGGCGCAGACGCGGCCGCCGCCGCUCCCCCGGGCCCGGGCGCCUUCAGCGCGGCCGCCGACCAGCCCCCAGCAUGCCCGCGGAGCCAGACGCCCCGCCGCUACUAGCUGAGCGCGACCCCGACGCAGACCCAGCCUGGACGCUCAGGUUCAGCUCGUCUCCGGCCAAGUCUGCGGAUGCCUCCCGCGCCCCCAGCUCCCCGACGACGCUCCCCACCUUUACCCCCGCUCCCGGUCGCCCAGAGGAUCACGCGCCUUCCCACGGCCCCGACUCCCCGCCGCCGCCGCCGCUCUCCGACGCCGCCUGGGAAGACUCCGACUCGCCGCCUGGCCGCCCAGAGAAUCAAGCGCCUCCACAGUCCGCGCCCCCGUCGCUGAACGCCGCCCUCCUGCAAACCCUGGGGCACCUGGGCGACAUCGUGGCCAUCCUGGGCCCGCUGCGCGACCAGUUGCUGACCCUGAACCAGCACGUGGAGCAGCUGCGCGGCUCCUUCGACCAGACCGUGUCCCUGGCGGUGGGCUUCAUCCUGGGCAGCGCCGCCGCUGAGCGGGGCGUCCUGGCGGACCGGCGUGAGUGA